CUCUUUCUUCUUCUCUCUCUCUAACCGUCGUCAAUGGCAUCUCCGAUACGAACUUCUGUAAUAAUUGUUGGAGCUGGAAUCUCAGGUAUAUCGGCGGCGAAGAUUUUGUCAGAAAAUGGAAUCGAUGAUAUCUUGAUUCUGGAAGCGUCGGACCGAAUCGGAGGGAGGAUCCGGAAGCAGGAUAUCGGAGGCGUACCGGUGGAGCUCGGAGCCGGUUGGAUCGCAGGUGUAGGAGGAAAAGAAACGAAUCCUAUUUGGGAACUGUCUUUGAAAUCGGGCCUACGGACUUGUUUUUCCGACUAUAGCAAUGUUCGCUAUAACAUAUAUGACCGCAGUGGGAAGAUUUUUCCGAGUGGAAUCGCAGCUGAUUCGUACAAAAAGGCUGUUGAGUCAGCCAUAGAGAAGUUAAGGAAUGAAGAGACCGAUGAUGGCGGUGAUGAUGUGUCCAAAUUUUCCGAACCAACCAUACCCAAAACGCCAAUUGAACUGGCUAUUGACUUCAUCCUUCACGAUUUUGAGAUGGCAGAAGUUGAACCAAUAUCAACUUAUGUAGAUUAUGGGGAGGAAGAAUUCUUGGUUGCUGAUGAAAGAGGAUAUGAGUAUUUACUCUACAAAAUGGCUGAACCCUUCCUUUUCAUGGCUGAUGGUAAAAUUUUGGACAAUCGUCUCAAACUCAACCAGGUUGUACGUGAAUUACAGCAUUCAAGAAAUGGUGUUACAUUGAUCACCGAAGAUGGUUGUGUCUAUGAAGCUAAUUAUGUCAUCUUGUCAGUUAGCAUUGGCGUUCUCCAAAGCAACCUCAUCUCCUUUACGCCUCCUUUGCCUAGGUGGAAAAUGGAUGCUAUUGAGAAAUGUGAUGUGAUUGUAUACACAAAGAUCUUUCUCAAGUUCCCCUAUAAAUUCUGGCCUUGUGGUGACAACAAAGAGUUCUUUUUAUAUGCUGAUGAACGAAGAGGUUAUUACACUUUCUGGCAGCAUAUGGAGAAUGCUUAUCCAGGUUCCAACAUUCUGGUAGUUACACUAACAAACGAAGAAUCGAAGCGAGUGGAAGCUCAACCGGAUGAAGAAACAAUGAAAGAAGCUAUGGAGGUAUUAAGAAACAUGUUUGGAUCAGAAAUACCGGAUCCAACAGAUAUAAUUGUUCCACGUUGGUAUGAAAAUCGGUUUCAACGUGGCAGUUAUAGCAACUACCCAAUAUAUGGAAAUUACAAAAUGGUCAAUAAUAUCAAGGCGCGAGUUGAUCGUGUAUAUUUUACGGGAGAACAUACAAGCGAAAAGUUUAACGGAUAUGUACACGGCGGUUAUUUGUCGGGUAUAGAGACUGGGAAGGCAUUAGUGGAAGAAAUGAGAGAAGACGAGAAUAACAAUGAACCUAGUUGUUUGUUUUCGUUAACGGAGACGACUACGACAAUGAGUAGUAAUCUUCAUCACAAUAAGUGUGAAUUAUUACUACCUAGACAACAUCUUUCGGAAGCUAUCUUAUAAUAUGAUUAGAUCAUGAUGAAUGGAUGGAUGGAAGUAGAGGAAACUGAUGUGAUUUUUUUUUUAUUUAAUUGUGAAAGAAAGCUGAUUAUUUGUUUGUUAGAUGUGUACUUAAUGUUGAUUUUGGUAAUAACUUAAUUGUUUCUUUUAAU